AUGCCAGAAUCAGAUCUACAUGGGGAAUGUGAAGGAUUCUAUCCAAUCAUAUCGAAGGUUCGUGAUCUACCCAAUCAGGCUAACGCUCCGCCGUGGAGUGUGCUUUCCCGAUUUGUCUCGGGCUCCGCCAUCCGUGUUUGCUUCCGGUUUCCGCCGAGGUCCAGCCCUGGCUAUUUGGUUCUAUGCUGUUUUUCGGUGAAAGGCACUGGGAGCCUGACGUUUGGCACUGAGCUGUGGUUUAAUGGUCCUCUCAUAUCUGAAAGAGUUAAGACAAUGGAUACAUCUGAGGGGUUGGUGUCAUUUGAGGAUGUGUCUGUGGACUUCACCUGGGAUGAAUGGCAGGACCUGGAUGACACUCAGAGGAAGCUCUACAGGGACGUGAUGCUGGAGACCUACAGCAGCCUGCUGUCCUUGAAUCAGUGUGAUCCCAAACCUGAGUUGAUCCUGAAGUUGGAGAAAGAAGCUGGGCCAUGGAAGGAAGGCGAUGCCACAGACCAGAGCCUCCCAGAUAUGCUGAAUGCGGACGACCGGAAUGAGGUCAGCCAAGGCAGACAGAAGAUACGCAGAUGCAACCUGGUAAUUGCCAAGAGCAGCGCAUCCACAGAGAGGGCUACAGCAGGAAAAGCACUGAAUAGCUCACAGUGUGUUUUCGAUCUGGCCGUAAAGAACGGCAUAGCUUCCAGAACAAGCCCUGGGGCACUUAAUAUGGGGGACAGUGUGCUUCUCCCUAGGGAGCCCAGAGAGAUGCAAGCUAGAGAGGAACUUGAGCUUCCUGAUAUAACCAGGGUGUGCCCCAGACUCCCUGAGCCUUUCAGUCUAUAUGCCAGUACUGAAUGUGAAGAACAGAAUUUUCAGUGCCGUGGGCCCAUUGACGCUUUCCACGUGAAUCCAGCGUGGUUACAAAGAACAUUCUCUAUGAGAGAUUCCUCCAGUAAGUUGAGGGACUACAGGAAAGAGUUAGAAAAGUUAGCUCUUCCUGCCAAAGGGGGAACUAGGGCACAGGUGCAAACUUCUGAAUGCAAAGUGUGUGGGAAGUUAUUCUGUAAAAAUUCUCAUCUCCUGCAGCAUUUAAAAAUGCACAGAGGAAAGAGAUGUUAUACAGGUAGUAAUUGCGAGCCCGUACUCAGUAUACACCCAAAACUCCCAAAGCAUCAGAGCGUGGGUGUGGGAGGAGAGCCUUACACAUGCAUUGAUGGGGAGGAAUACGUUCAUCCGAAGCCAGAAAGAAGUGUUCAGAAAAUCAUAGGUGAUGGGAGGAUUGUGUGUGGGAAGACCGUGUGCUCAAAAUUAAGUGGCACCGUUCAGCAGAACCCUCACAAGGAUGAGGAAUCCCAUGAGUACAGUAUACCUGGAAAAACAGUUAGUAAGUCAGACCUCCGUCAGCUGGAGACACCCCACAGAUACGAGAGAGUGUAUGAAUGUAAUGCAUGUGGCAAAGCGUUUAGUCAUAUAGCACAUGUCUACUCACACCCGGGAGCUCACUUGACUGAGAAGCCCUAUGAGUGUGAAGACUGUCAGCAGUCGAAGCUCGUGGUGAGCCAGCCAGCUCACACGCAGGAGAAACGCUAUGUGUGUAAUGUGUGUGGAAAAGCCUUUUACAAGCGAGCCCACCUACAUGCACAUCAGCGGACCCACACAGGUGAGAAGCCAUAUGACUGCAAAGAAUGUGGGAAAUCUUUCAGACUGAAGUCGUUUCUUGUUGUCCAUCAGAGGAUUCACACGGGUGAGAAACCCUUUGCGUGUGAUACGUGUGGGAAGAGCUUCAAGCAGAGGACGAGUCUCUACACACACAUACGAAUCCACACAGGCGAGAAGCCCUACGAGUGUAAAGAGUGUAGGAAGUCAUUCAUUCUCAAGUCCUACCUCACUGUGCAUCAGAGAACGCACUCGGGCGAGAAGCCCUAUGAGUGUGACGUAUGUGGGAAGUCCUUUAAGCAAAAUUCUCACCUUCAUGCACACAAGAGAACUCACACGAGUGAGAAACCCUAUGAGUGUAUCGUAUGUGGCAAAAGUUACAAGCAGAGCCCGAGCCUCUACACACAUAAGAAAAUCCAUACCAGUGAGAAACCCUAUGAGUGUAAACAGUGUACAAAGUCAUUUAGUUUGAAAUUCCACCUCACUAGGCAUCAGAGAACUCACUCCGGUGAAAAACACUAUCAUCAGCAGACUUCUCUGAACGUCUGUCGGGAGCGCAUGAAUAAUGUGUAUGAGAAACAUACCUUCACUCGUGCCAAUCAAGGCAGUUAUUCUGGAGGGAGGUGUGCCAGAGCCUUAAAAGAAGGUACCAGGGUGGUUAUGCCCCAGCGACCCUCUCCAGCCAAUUCAAAGUUUGAUAUAAACUUCGGCUCCAUUAACCUCUACCCAUCUACUGCCUUGUCCAGCACACUCCUGCAUAUGCUACAUACUGAGUUUGAGACCAGUCUGGGCCGUGUGAAAUAUCUCAGAAAUAAACAGACAAGGUUGACAGUGUUAGCUCUUAAGAACUUCAUUACUGGGCCAGGCUCUGAGAUUGAGAGCGGGACGGCUCCCGCGAACUUCCGGUCUAUUUCCGGUGUCGCCAUCUUGCUUCCGGUUUCCGAGGGGGUUGGACUGUGGCCUCAGUCCUGCGCCAGCCUGUCUGGACAGUCAGACACCUGCCUUCUGGGAGCGAGGAGAAUGAGCACUGUUGUGGUAAGUGUUGUGAGGUUGGUGUCAUUUGAGGAUGUGUCUGUGGACUUCACCUGGGAUGAAUGGCAGGACCUGGAUGACACUCAGAGGAAGCUCUACAGGGACGUGAUGCUGGAGACCUACAGCAGCCUGCUGUCCUUGAAUCAAUGUGACGCCAAACCUGAGUUGAUCCUGAAGUUGGAGCAAGGAGCUGAGCCAUGGAAGGAAGCCGAUGCCCCAGACCAGAGACUCCGAGGUCAUACUCUGCAGCCUGUGAAGAGCCUGAAGGAGACCAGAUGGGACAAUCGAAAGAGACAUUUGAGCCACCUGGUAAUCACUGGCAGCGCAUCAGCUGAGGAGAGGGGCAGAUUUGGGAAAAUAUUUAAUAUGAAUUCAAACCAUGUUUUGCACCUGGCUAUUAAGAAUAGAAGCUCUUCUAGAAUGAGAUCUGAGGUGCUUGAUACAUGGGAAAAUGUGUAUCUCCCUGGUGGGCCCAUUGAGUUGCAGGCUUCAAAGGAACUUGAUCAUCUUAAUUCAACUAAGAUUCCAUGCACACCUUCUGUGCCUCUUAGUCUGGAUCUCAGUGUUGAAAGUGGGCAACAGCAUGUCCAGUGUGCUCAACAUGAUGAACCCUUCGAUGUGAACACUAUGUGGACACAUACAAUGUUUUCUUUGGGAGACAGCUCGAGGAACACCUUUGAUCAAUUGACUCUGAGCGCCCAAGAGGGGACUCACAUAAGGCAAGAAACUUUUGAUUGUAACAUGUGUAAGAAGUCAUUCUCUGACAAGUGUAACCACACUCAACAUUUAAAACCACGCCUAAAAAAACAGUGGGGUAAGUGUACUGACAGUGAGCCAGCAUCCCGUACAAAAAAAGCAGGCCUUCAGCACACUGUGCAUGCAUGGGGAAAACCCCAUGGGUGUGACGACAACAACGAAAAAUGUGUGCAUCAGAUGCCGAAACUGAGGGCUAAUCAGAGUGUCUUCUCAAGUAAAGAGAGUAACUGUGUGAAAACAUUUUGCCCAGACUCAACUUUCAGUGCGCAGCAGAGACCACACACAGGUAAAAAGCCCCAUGAGUCCAAUACAUCUCUAAAAAUCAACAGCCAGCCUCGUAGGCAUCACAGAUGUGGGAGAACCUAUCAGUGUAAAGUCUGUGGGAAAGCCUUUAAACACACACAAAAUCUCUAUUUACACCACAGAACUCACACUGGGGAGAAGCCCUAUGAGUGUAAAGACUGUAAGAAACUAUUCAGUGUAAAGUCAAAUCUCAGUGUACAUCAGAAAACCCACACAGGGGAAAAACCCUAUGAGUGUAACAUAUGUGGAAAUGCCUUCAAAAGGAGGUGUGACCUGACUAUCCACCAGAGAGUCCACACAGGCGAGAAGCCCUACGAAUGUAAAGAGUGCAGGAAAACUUUCAGUAUAAAGUCAGGGCUCAUUGUCCAUCAGAGAAUUCACACCGGCGAGAAACCAUACGAGUGCAGUGUCUGUGGGAAACGUUUUAACCAAAAGUCAAAUCUCUCCACACAUGAGAAAAUUCACACAGGUGAGAAACCCUUUGAAUGCAAAGAAUGUAGCAAAUCAUUUAGUGUCAAGUCAUAUCUGACUAUACAUCAAAAAACUCACUUGGGUGAGAAGCCUCACUCAUGAAAUCUGGGAAAGCCUCAUGUGAGAAGACAAACAUCCACAGACAUCCUAGUGUGGACACAGGUCCCUGUGAACGCAGAGAAUGUAGAAAAAGUGUAAGCCAUUUAUCCUCUCCCCAUGUACCACAGAGAGGUGAGAAGUGAUACCUGUGCACACAGAGCUUGCAGAGACUGAGUCGUAAGUCAGAGCUCAUCAUCAGGUAGUGAUCUCUAAACCUUCCAGUAUGGAAUAUGUUCAGAAGACUAAUGCCAGAUGUCAGACUUUAGCUAUUGGAGAGACCCUGCAGGUGAGAGACACUCUGACUGUAAGGCCUGGAAGAGUCAGUCUUCAUUAAGAUUGGAGAAUCUGUGCCGAUAGAAACCCUGAGUGUAGCUGUGUGGAGAGCCCUUUAGUCAGAAGUCCCAUCUCUGAGAAUCUUGGGUUCCCACAGGUGAGAAGUUCUAUGAAUGUAAAGAAUGUAGCAAAGCAUGUCAUUUUCUCCAUGUGUGUCACAGAGGUUCUUGUCAGUGUAGUCUACAGAACGGUCACCUGCCACAUGCCAAACCUAGAUACACAUCAUAGACGUCUCACCACUUAGAGGCCUUAUGAGUGUAAGGACUAGAAAACAUUUCCAACAAAUCUUGUAGCAGGAUCCUCAAGUAGAAAAGCUCUGCAGAUGGAAAGGAGAGGAAGUCCCAAUAGCAGAUAAACACUGCACAUCACAUAGAGCUGAAGAGUGUACAGUGCAGUGUAUGUGGAGAAACUUUCCUAGAUGUCAGAUCUCAGCAGUUCUUAGGUGAGGAACCCUUCAGCAGUAAGGUGUCCUUUACUGCAUACCAAAGAUAUGCAUACCAGGCACAUGGGAUAAGCCAUAGCAAUUCAAUGUGUGUGCAAAAACUUGGUUCUGUGAGACAAAGACAUCUGCCCCCACUAGAGAACCACACAAACACAAAACCCUAUGAAUAUAAAAACAACCAAAAACGAACAAAACCCCUGUGAAUUUAAAGAAUGUAGAAAAUCUUUUAUAUCUCUGGGUUAUGUGCAAGAACUUAUAUAGGUAACUGCACACAUAUGUAAGUAUAACAGACAGCUGUGUGUGCAUCAGAAAACCCCCACUCCUGAGAAACCAGAGUGUGAUACACACACACACACAAGACUUUUACGCAAUGAAAACACUCUGGAGAGCUCGCGGACUGGAAGUAUCUGGAUGUAAGAAUGUAUAUGGACAACCAUUUUAUAGGAGGUUGACCUCCACAUCGGAGAAUUCACAAGAGAGGGAAUGCUGUUGACAUGAGAAAGCAUAUCUAGAAUGGUUAUAGAUUUGGAAAACUGUCAUUGUGAGAGGUGCUGUAUGCACAGCUCCCGUGUGCUAAGAUUUGCUUUUCUUUUACCCGGGGCCUGGCCUGGCAGCCUGUAUGUGUAGUAUUAUGGAGAGAACGUGUCCUGAGUUUUAUCGGAGUUUUAAUGUUUGUAAUGAAUCAGUCCUUUCUGGCCUCAAUCAACCCCAAAUGUUUGCAAUACAUUAUCCCUGAAUGUGUCCUCAUGGCCUGGAAGGUAGGUAAGUUUAUUUUUGAUAAGAGGGUAUAGCAGAUGACACUGUUCUAAGGGCAUGUCUUGUUGGAGAGGACGGAGGCUUUGUAUGUGUUUAUAAGCCUCUUGUUUGUAUGAGUGCUAGAACAUUCUACACGAGCUUUGUGCAGCAUAAUGCAAAAUCAUUGUAACCCAUUUUAAAAGCACUUCAGACAGAGAACCUUUCAUGUUAGAAGUUCACUCAGGAGAGGACCCUUCUUGUCACCUGUGUAUUUUCAAGCCAUUUUGUGGAUAAAAAGAACCAUGAAAUUCCAAUAAAUUCUAGAUGCCUUACCUGGCACCAGCAUUACA